AUGUCAAAGCCAUCUGCUGCUAUAGUUGGAGGUGCUGCUGGGGCACUUGCCUUGGUGGCAAUAGUCAUCGGAGUCGUGUGGUUCUACAAGACACAUUGCAAGAAUCUUUCAAACAAGAAUUCAGAGACAGGUUCCUCAGAUCCAUCUGCAAUAGUGGAAUGGAGUAGGGGUGGACCCAGUUCCGGGGUACGGCAGGGAGCAAGGCUCUUCACAUUGGAGGAGCUAGACCAAGCUACCAAGCAUUUUGAUGAAAGCAGCCUCCUGGGAUAUGGAAGCUUUGGCCUGGUUUAUAAAGGCUUGCUCCGUGAUGGGACGGUUGUGGCUAUCAAAAGGCGUCCUGGUGCUCCUAGACAAGAAUUUGUCUCAGAGGUAACGUAUUUGUCGGAGAUUCAUCAUCGAAAUUUAGUUACAAUACUGGGUUACUGCCAGGAAAGUGGAUUUCAAGUAUUGGUAUUUGAACAUAUACCGAACGGCAGCGUGUGCAAUCACCUAUAUGAUACUAGACUAGAGUCAUCAACUAAACUUGAGUUUAAGCAAAGGCUAUCCAUAGCUGUAGGGGCUGCAAAAGGGUUGUGCCACUUGCAUGGCCUAAAACCUCCAAUGGUACACAAAAACUUCAAAACAGCCAAUGUCUUGGUUGAUGAGGACUUCAUUGCCCACGUUUCAGAUGCAGGGAUUGCAAAACUACUUGAAAAGAUUGAAGAAGCAGGUCCUUCUCGCACGUCUAGUGUCAAUAUUUUCCAAGAUCCAGAGGUUGGAGCAUCUGGGGUUGCCUCUGAAAUGAGUGAUGUGUACAGCUUUGGGGUUUUCCUUUUGGAGCUUCUAACUGGACAGGAGGCUUUGGACAUUGGCUCCUUGGGAUCAAAUGAAAGCUUGUUUCAAUGGGUGGAAUCACGGCUGAGUUCAAAUACUCUGGUGGACAGGCGGCUAGUCGGAAGCUUCACUGGAGAGGGAAUGAGGGACUUGAUCAGGCUGACACUGCAAUGCAUGAGUUUUCCAGGAAAAAGAAGGCCCAAGAUGGAGAUGGUUGUGGUUGAGCUUGAGAGAAUUAAAGAGAAAGAAAUGGCAAUGACAACAGUGAUGGGGGAGGGUACUGAUACAUUCGCUCUCGGGAGUGUACUAUUCACUUGA